GGGCCCCAGGGCGCUGGAACAGUCAGUGAGCUGUCCCGGGGCCAUUGCCUCUGGGGGGAGGGACUUGGGGAAGGCCCCUCCCGUUCCCAGGGAUCUGCUGGGGGAAGGAGCGGUCUUCUCUGCAGAGCCGGAAGCCCAUCCUGUCCACUGCUGCUCCCUCCCGCCAGCAGGGCUGCAGGCCCCCAGAGGCCAUUGGGGAGCAGCUGCAGAGGGAAGGAAGACAGCUGGGAGCUGCGUUUUACAAGGAGCUCGCAGCUGCUGUCUCAUGACUGGCUCCGUCUCCUGGAAGGUGGCUCUGCGCUCGCUCGAAGCCAUAAAGAAAAGGAGCAGAGAAGCGGCAGCAGUGCAGGGAGCUCCAGCUGCUGGGAGCCAAGGCAGAGAGGGGGCAGCUGUACCCCCUGCCCCGCGCUCAGCCAGGGACAAUGAGCUGCCCGUCCACCCAGAGCGGGGAGCAGAUCGAGCCGCUCAGGUACCUCAGCCGCGUGGAGGCGGAAGCCAUCGAGAAGGAGCUGCUGGAAGAUUACAAAUUUGGUCGGCAGCAGCUGAUUGAGAUCUGGGGACACGCCAGCGCCAUGGCUGUGACCAAGGUGUUCCCUCUGCCAUCCCUCCCCAGGAAGCAGCCCACAGUGCUUGUGGUGUGUGGUCCCGAUCAGAACGGCGCCAUCGGCUUGGUGUGCGCACGACAUUUGCGGGUGUUUGAAUACGAGCCGACCAUCUUUUACCCCAAGCGGUCCCUGAAUUCCCUGUAUCGGGAUUUCACCACCCAGUGCGAAAAGAUGGACAUCCCCUUCCUCUCGUACCUGCCGACGGAGGUCCAGCUGAUCAACGACGCUUACAACGUGGUGAUCGACGCCAUCCUGGGAGCCGACGCCGAGCCGGGGGAGGUGAAGGAGCCGUACACCAGCAUCUUAGCCACCCUGAAACAGAUCCGGAUCCCCAUCGUCAGCCUGGACGUGCCCUCAGGGUGGGACGUGGAGACGGGAAACAGCGAGGGAAUCAGCCCUGACGUCCUCGUCUCCUUGGCCGCGCCCAAGCAGUGCGCCACCCGCUUCCUGGGCAGGCACCACAUCCUCGCCGGCCGCUUCCUGCCCUACGACGUGCAGAAGAAAUUUGAGCUCAACCUGCCCGAAUACCCAGGCACAGAGUGUGUGGUUUCGCUUUAAGGCUCUGGGGGGGGGGGGGCGGGGAUGGAGAGGGGAGUUUGGGGGGGGGGAGGAGAGGAAAAGCCACCCAGCUCCUCCAUAAUAAAAAGGCUUCAAAGCGUUUUGUAUUUUUUUGAGCAGCCAGGUGACUCCCUGCUGGGAUGCUGCGUCCUGGCACCAGGGCCUGGCUUUCCAGCCAGAGGCCACGCAGCUCCCAGGGAGGGCGUCUGCUGGCAGGAGGGCCUUGGGCAUCUCAGGCCACCGUGACCAAGCCUUCAUGUUGAUCAUUUAAACUCGGGGCGGGCCUAGGGGAUCAAAGGCAGCGCUGAGCCAAACCCCUCCCCUCGCGUGGGUCCCGCACCCCCGGCGUCUCAGCCCAGGGCGCGGGGUUGAAUUGUGGAGUCAUAGAGGCCGCUGUGUCGUUUUGCGGCAGGGCGAGGAAGGCCGGGUGGCUUGUUCCUGGGCUGCAAGGAACUCAGAUACCCCAGUGACGGGCACCCAUGUGAGUGCCUUGCUGGAUAGGUCCCUCCCAGGCGAAUUGCUUCCCCAAGGCAGAUGGAGGACGUAGGGCAGGAGGAAACGUACGCGCGGCCCCUGGCAGGACGGGCCUAGCUGACCUCACCGGCCUUUUCCAUCACUCCCUGAUCCACACGCUGGGAUUUAUCAAUGCCCUUUUCACAGGAAUCCUUGGUAAACAGGCGCCCGUGGAAAGAGCCGAGAGCGGCAAAGCCGGUGGCCCAAGAGGAAGGAUCAGGUAGCGAUUUCCUCCAGCAGCAGUUAGUCCGGCUCUCGCCCCGCGGGCCUCAGCCGCUGGCCCUUGCGGGGUCAGGCCGCUGCUGCUCUUGUCGGAGAUCUGUCUGCCUGUGGAAAGGGAAGGAAAUGACCUCCCUCUGCACUUGCUGGGCCCGGGCGGUAACCGCCCAGCAGCCCCUCAGCCAGGGAACAGGCCUAGAAGAGUUCCGUGCUGCUCUCCCCAAGCUACCAAGAGCUAGGGGGCUCGAAGUCCCCCACCCGGGAGGCCUUGGAGCCGGCGGAAUGGCUGGGGGGGGGGGUAACCACCGAGGAAAGCGGAGCCGAGGCCGUGGGUUCACGGGCUGGUCAGCACUGCCCUGCUUAGUGCAGGGAUGGGCGGUCCAGUGCAUGUCACUAGCAGAGGAUUCCCCGAGAGGUAACAGGGACCCAGGCUAGGACCAGGGGCACCAGGCUAACCACCGCAGGCAGCAGUGACAUGGGUGGCUCCUGCCCGAAGUGGUGGCCGGGGCUGUUCCUAGCCCGGCUGCUUUGCCAUGCGGGGAGAAACCUGCAUUUUUCUGCAGAUCAGUGAAAUCUCCAGGGGCCAGAUGCCCCCCCCCCUCGCCCCUCCCCGCAUCAUCGUCCACUUGUUCUGAGCAAAAGCUCUUUGUUUGCAGCAGCUCCCGGUUUCCAGGGGCAGGGAAAUGACCCUUAGGUGUCAGCGUUCCCUUUCCACGUGCAAACUGCCCUGGGCCCUGGCCUGGCGAGUGUGUUCUCUGAAGUAGGAAGCAGAGUAGAACUGGGUGAAACCGAUUUUAUUACCAGUGCUUAGUACCUGUGAGCAGCCUCCCUCCCUGUACAAAGCAACAGAGGGUCCGGUGGCACCUUUAAGACUAACAGAUGUAUUGGAGCAGAAGCGUUGGUGGGUGAAUGCCCCCUUCGUCAGACGCAGUCAGCGAGACCCAGCAAGAGAGGAGGACCCGCUGCUGUUUGCACAGCGAACGCUGCAUCCCAGCUCAGCUUGUUCCGCUUAUGUUCGUACAUUUCUUCUGUACGACGCUGUAGCCUGGCUAACGGGCGUUGUUGCUGAGUGGGUGCACGGCUCAGUCGUGGGGCACCCCCACAGCCUCCCCAAAUCCAGCCUGAUAUGCUGCCUCGGGGCCAGCAGACAGCGGCAGCAGGACCUGCCCCCCCGUAGCCUUUAAGGUGGGGUCUGGGGUGAGUCACACGGCCUGAUUCUGCACUAGGGCAGCUAAGGGGCGUUUUGUCCUUGACCUUAACGGAAGCAAGAUCAAGCCCAGAGCCUCCCUACAGCUUCCUUCUCCCCAGGGGCAUGAGGCAAGCGACUUGCUUCAGUGGCUCCACUGGGCCACAGCUCUGGCCUGGUUAUGCGCCCCUCUCCCCCAGCCCAGGAUGCUUUGGCCACGACCCCCAUGGACUCUCGCUUUUCUGAUCGAGGCCCUGUCGAGCUGUCUGGACGCUGGUUCUCCAGCUCCUGCCUUUAUCUCCCCUGACCUGAGCACGCCACUGAGCCACAGGCGGGAGGCCCACGAGCGGCUGUGCUCUGCCAACCUGCCAUCCUGCCGUCCGCGGAGGUCACGCGGGGUAACCUGCAGGCUGGGAAGGGCGAGCCAGGGGAAUCGUGUGUGUGUGUGUAGCUAGCGCUGUCCUAUUUGAAUGAGGAUUAUCCAUGUCAGUGACGGCAGCGUCCGCCCCGCAGGGGGAACUGAACGGCCUAGACUCAGGGCCAGGCCUUGUGUGGCGGAGCACAGGGGGCAGGUUGGUCCCUUGGGAUUUGCGCCCGCGUGUGUCGAACGUUUCUGUCUGUGGGCUCCGGGAGCUUCGUGGUUUGCGCGCAAACAGAAAGCCAGGGGAGAACGCUGCUAAUAAAGAUGGGCUUGGAACCGA